AGCAUUUCUCUGGUAACUAAUAAACUAUUCAUUCUUGAAGUUCUUUUCCAUGGAGCCUCAAAAUGGCAGAAAUUUCACUGUGAAAUGUGAAUGUCCGGAGAAUCAGCAAGACAUUAAUAAUCUCGAGAAUUAUACGGCGGCGGACGACGAACAGAGGUCGAACGGUAGUGGCGAAAUCGUCGAGGAAAAGAAACUUAGUGAAUCGGCCGACGAGGAGAUAAUUUCGAAGAAAAAAAAAAGAGGAAGGCCGAGGAAAAACGACGCCGUCGAUCGGAAACUUCCGCCGCAGCAGAGCUUUGCUUCGUCCGCUGAUUCACAAACCAUUUCGAAACGCCGUCUUGGCCGCCGGCCUGGCCGCGGUAAAUUGCAGCUUCUCGCACCGUUAGGCGGUUAUGCAUGGGACCCAGCUGGCGGAAGUUUUACCCCUCAUGUUGUUCUUGUUGCACCGGGAGAGGAUAUUGUGGAUAGAAUAUCAACAUUUUCAGUGCCAGGUCCUCGAGCAAUCUGCAUCAUCUCUGCCGUUGGUUUAGUUUCGACCGUUAUUAUCCACAAACCUGGUUCUACACUAGCCUCAACAAUUAGAUUCGAGGGUACAUUUGAGAUUUUACAACUAUCAGGAUGGUUUUUUGGAGGAGAUCAAAUGAAACGAAUCUCAAUUUCAUUUUCAAAACCUGACGGUCAAGUCUUUGGUGGCAUCAUCGCCUCUUCACUUAUAGCUGCCACUCCCAUUCAGAUAAUUGUGGGAAGUUUCAAGCAAAAAAUAGAGCAAUAGAGUUUUAAAAAAAUGGAGCAGUCAGCCAGCAGGCACUGAAGAAGAAGCAAUCUAUAAUGAUCCCAUCUCCUCGCUCUAAACCACCAAACGUCACCGUUUUGCUUCUCUUUAUUCUCCUCUCACA